GAGCAGGAUAAAGGAAAGGUGAAUACGAGAAGAACCAAAGAUGGGUGGGAGAAAAGGAAAUUGUACGAAGUGAUGCUAUUGGACGAAAUCCCAGGUACAUUAGGGAGUGGUCAUUAUUUAUGGGGAGGGGGUUGGGAAAUGGGAGGGGGGGGGGAAACGAAGUUUUACCCUUAUAAAUAGGGGUGUCAAAAACGUUUUAACACAGAGAAAAGGGGUGGGUCAUAAAAGUUUUUGAACUUAAAUACCAUGUCUAGAGUUCUGAUUUCUAUAAUCACAAAUAGCAAAAAAAAAGACUCUGAAAAUGCUAUUUCCAACGAUCUAGAGACUCAAAAUUUCCCUGCUCGGCGCCAACCAUGGUAGCGCCUCGCGAUCGUGGGAGUCGGGCCCACUAAGUUUAACAAGAUUUCUACCCCCUGAGUGACCCAGUUGUGGUAUUGUUCAGGACAGAUUAGUGCAAAGUUACAAACAAUAAACACUAACACUAAACAACUAACUAUAAACACUAACACAACCCAAAUUAUAUUUGAUAACUGUAAGAUAAUUAAUAGAUCUGAUUACUGGUCCCUACUAUUAUAUAAAGAAUCCCUUGCAAUUCGCAGAAUUGCAAGGGAUUCUUUAUAUAAUAGUAUAUAUAUAUAUAUAUAUAUAUAUAUAUAUGUAUAUAUAUAUAUAUAUAUAUAUAUAUAUGUAUAUAUAUAUGUAUAUAUAUGUAUAUAUAUGUAUAUGUAUAUGUAUCAGUAUUUGUAACUUUACACUAAUCUGUCCUGACGAUGACUAAAAUAUGGUCGAAACGUAGAUUCAUUAAAGCUACAAAAUGUUAUUUGGAGUUACUGUUCUUUUGUAUUUUAUAAAAAUACUCAGUGGUUCCCGUAACUAUAUAGCAAUAGUUUAUACUAUCAAAUGUUUCUGUGAUCACAGUAGGAAUUUUGCAUAGGUAAAUUCUAAGUUUUGAAGGAUUUGUAAGAAAUUUUUGAGGGAACUGACUUCGUGUUUAACAAUUUAGUAUAAUAAUAAAUUGAAAUUCCCCGUUAGCUGGGCUCGCAUGAACCGACCUUUUGGUUGUUUUUUUCUGAUCCUAGAAUCCCAACGACCUAACGAGCCAACCCACGCCGUCCUUGAAGGCGCACUUAAAUGGGACGUUAACUUUGAUGGUCAAAGUAACCACGUUAGGAACCACGCCUUGAUACAUUACAUUGCCAAUCUCGCGACCAAGAAUCACGCCGACGACAUAUUUGAUUAUGAUUUCGUGGAAUCACUGCUCCGAAAUGGCGCCGACAUCAACUGUAUGGACCCGACAGGUCAGACGAUCUUUCACGAGGUGGCGAGAUCUUGGAACACGGAUGUAGCAAAGUUUCUACUGGAGAACGGUAAUCAUAUGACCAUUAUUCAUCAGCACCACCAUCAUCCUCACAAGCACCAUCAUCAUCACUAUCAUCAUUACCACUCCAUUAUCAUGAUCACCACCAACACCAUUAUCUUCACAAUCACCAUCAUUACCACUACCACCAUCGUGAUCACUAUCACCAUCAUACCAUCAUCAUCAUAGCCUGCGAACAGGCUCUCAAGCUGAAUUGAGAGCCUGCAUCGAUGACUAAUGAAUUUGAAUAUCUGCGUCUCAAAUCGUGACGCGAAAUUCUCAUUGGUCAGAUGCUAUAAUUUAUAUUAUUCCGCUGAGCUCUAUAUAUGUCAACUGCUAGCACUAUGGAUAAAAACACAUUAACUGAUCAAAUUGGUCUUGGCCAUCUUAUCUCAAAGCACCAAAUGUUUUGUUUUGAGAAAACAGUAUUUAAAACAUUUAAACUUUUGCUUCAAUAUCUUAUAUUUCGAAAAACAGUAUAAACUGUACGGUCUAAAUUUAGUUUGCAUGGUCUAAAUUUAGUUUGCACGAAAGUUGUAAACAACACCAUAUAGGGAUAGACAUUCCAUAUUUGGAAAAACGAACGUUACGGGGCAGAUAUUCAAAUUCAUUAGUCAUCGAUGCAGGCUCUCAAUUCAGCUUGAGAGCCUGUUCGCAGGCUAUCAUCAUCACUAUCAUCUUCACUACUGUAAUCACCAUCAUGAUCACCACCAUCAUCUAUCAACAUCACUAACAUCAUCAUCACUAUUCUCAUUCUAGUGGAGCUUGAUAUAUGGAGUAUAUGGGGACGGUAAACAAAACUUCAAAGUAUUUUGUAUUAAACAGGUGCCAAUAUAAAUCAUCAAGAUGAGUUUGGUCGUUCUCCUCUCCACGUUGCCGCAGCAGUCGACUACACAAGUAUGGUGGAAUUUAUCGUCCAAAAUGGCGGAGAUAUUGACAUCAAGACGAAAGAAGAAGAACAAACUGCCAUACAUUACGCCGCGAAAAGUGACGCCGUCAACUCUAUUCAGAUGUUGCUAGGUUACGGAGCCAAUAUUGAUUCUCGCGACUGCAGAAACCGGACACCGUUACAAGUAUAAAAUCUCUCCUAUCUAUAUCCUUAUUUUGACUGUUCAUCUCAGGACUGGAUAAAGUUUUGAUCAAGUUCUAGGACUGGAUAUGGUUUUGAUAAAGUCCACAGAUUGGACAAAUUUUUUAUCAUGUCUGAACUCCUAGGCUUGGAUAAAGUUUUUAUCAAGUCCUAGAACUGGAUUUCAGUUUCGAUCAAGUUGUAAAAACACCCCGGAUAAAAUUCCAAAACCAAAUAUUGUUGUCUCUAAGUUAGGCAGGAAUUUUGACCAGAGAGCUUGAAGUUUUAUGAAGUUUUAUGAAGUCCCUGAUCAAAUUCUGUUGGUGUAUAAAGUUUUGAUCAACGCCUAGUCUAAGAGUGGAUCUUUUUUUAUGUAUAACAUUCAUGAACUUUAUGUCACCUUAGAUCGCCGCAGAAGUGAACAGUUUCAAAGCUGCCAAACUUUUGGUGACUGAAGGAGCGCCUGCUGGCGUGUAUGACAACCUGGGGAACUCUGCAUUAUCACUCCUCAUUGAAAAGAUUCCUGAAGUGGCGCUUAUAGCACUGGACCAACUUCGCACAACAGACUACAUCAACAGACGAGAGUUUUACUUUCUCAACUACCUCGAAGGCGCGAAACUGAAGGAAGAAUUGCAGGAAACACCAGCACGCUCCCCCAUGGAAAUAGCCGUCCAGAAUAAAAG